UUCUCCGUGUUCCUGCAAACGUACACAUAUAGAGAGAGGCGAAAGCGCGCGCAGCUCUGUGGAUGUAUACGUGUCUCACUGCUCACCCGACACGGGUGUCCUGUCCUCCAGGGGGGAACAUGGACCCGCGGCCUGCUCGACACUUUCAUGCAUCUGCUUACUGUAAAAUAAGAUCGAGUUCACUGUCCUCUAGAGGAGAACACACACAUCCUCAUAAAGACCCCUGGACUCACUGUAUUUCACAAUAUUGGUCCAUCACAGGAGAUGUUUGUCAUCUGGUGGCGAUUAUUAUUCUCUUCCUGAAGAUCUGGAAAUCCAAAUCAUGCGCAGGUAUAUCAGGGAAGUCUCAAGUGUUGUUUGCUGUGGUCUUCACCACCAGAUACCUGGACCUGUUCACCUCCUUCAUCUCCCUCUAUAACACUGUCAUGAAGGUGGUGUAUUUGGCUUUGGCGUAUGCCACCGUCAGUCUGAUCUACUUGCGCUUCAGGAGCACGUUUGACUCUGAGAGCGACUCGUUCAGGGUGGAGUUUCUUCUGGUUCCUGUAGCCGGUCUGUCAUUCCUGGAGAACUACGCCUUCACUCCUCUGGAGAUUCUGUGGACGUUCUCCAUCUAUCUGGAGUCUGUGGCGAUUCUUCCUCAGUUGUUCAUGAUCACAAAGACGGGUGAAGCCGCGUCCAUCACCACACACUAUCUGUUCUUUCUGGGUCUGUAUCGAGCGCUUUAUCUGGGGAACUGGCUGUGGCGUUAUCACGUGGAGGAAUUCUUCGAUCAGAUCGCUGUGGUGUCCGGUGUGGUUCAGACCAUCUUCUACUGUGAUUUCUUCUAUCUGUACUUCACCAGAGUGAUCAGAGGAAGUGGAAAGAUGUCUCUGCCAAUGCCAGUGUGAGAUUUUGGAGCAGACUGUUAGGCCACACCUCCAUCAUGACAUCACCGCCCACCGCUGUCUUCCUCUAUGAUGAUGUUUUGUUGUAGUGGGAUUGUGCCUUAUGUGACCGGACGACUGCUGGACGCACAUUUUACACGUCUGAUGCCUUAAUCUUUAGAUUCAUGAAGACUAUGUGUGUGUCUGUUUGUGUGUGUCUGUGUGAGUGUCUGUCUGUGCAUGUGUGUCUUUGUGAGGGUCUGUGUGUGUGAGAGAGGUUCUGUUUUUGUGUGUGUGCAUGUGUCUGUCAGUGUGUGUGUGUGUGUGUGUGGGUCUGCGUGUGUGUGUUGUGUCUGUCAGUGUGUGUGUGUGUGGGUCUGCGCGUGUGUGUGUUGUGUCUGUCAGUGUGUGUGUGUGUGUGUGUGUGUGGGUCUGCGUGUGUGUGUGUGUUGUGUCUGUCAGUGUGUGUGUGUGUGGGUCUGCGCGUGUGUGUGUUGUGUCUGUCAGUGUGUGUGUGUGUGUGUGUGUGGGUCUGCGUGUGUGUGUGUGUUGUGUCUGUCAGUGUGUGUGUGUGUGUGGGUCUGCGCGUGUGUGUGUAGUGUCUGUCAGUGUGUGUGUGUGUGGGUCUGCGUGUGUCUGUUUGUAUGCGUGUGUGUGUGUGCGCCCACGCGUGUAUGUCUUUUUGUCUGUCUGUUUGUGUGAUAUGUGAUGUGUGAAACACUUCUCAUGUUGUUGUAUUACACUUUUUCUUGGUGUUUUUCAGUAGUUCAUGUGUGAUUUUCUCAUGAUGUGUUUUGUGGGUCUGGCAAUAUUGUAUUUGAGUCAUUUUUUUAAAGAAUCUGAUUAAAGUCUCAUUUUAACAAAGUGAGUUUUAUAAAACAUGUCAAUAAAGAGAGAGAUUGUGACAUC